GAGCUCAUCUCUCCUCCGAGAGGGAAGAGCCGAAGAGAGGGAGCCAGAGCCUUCUCGAAUGGCGAUACCCUCUCCUCCUCCGCCCUCGCACCCCGAUCCCUAACCCUAGAUCCCUCCCUCCCUCCACCCGCCGCUGCCUCAAUCUCCCAUUUCUCUAUCUCUGUUAAUAUGGAGCUGCCGGGGCCGGGGAGCAGCAGCAGCAGCAGCGCCAAGCUGGUGGCGGCGUGCGUCAUCGGCGGGAUCGUGCUCGGAGCCUCCGUCCUCGCGCUCCACCUCUCCAUUCCCACCCUUCCGCCCGUCGACGACCUCCGCCGCCGUCUGCGACGCCGCCGCCGACGCCCCGUGCGCGUCUAUAUGGAUGGCUGCUUCGACAUGAUGCACUACGGGCACUGCAACGCGCUGCGCCAGGCGCACGCGCUCGGGGACGAGCUCAUCGUCGGCGUGGUUAGCGACGACGAGAUCACCGCCAAUAAGGGCCCGCCGGUCACGCCCCUCCACGAGAGGUUGAUAAUGGUGCGUGCGGUAAAAUGGGUGCAUGAUGUCAUUCCAGAUGCACCUUAUGCCAUAACUGAAGAAUUCAUGAACAAGCUAUUCAAUGAGUAUAAUAUAGAUUACAUUAUCCAUGGCGAUGAUCCUUGUCUACUCCCAGAUGGUACCGAUGCAUAUGCCCUUGCCAAAAAGGCUGGACGAUAUAAGCAGAUUAAAAGAACCGAAGGAGUGUCAACGACAGACAUUGUUGGAAGAAUGCUUCUUUGCGUUAGAGAGCGAUCAGCUUCUGAUAGUCACAACCACUCUUCACUACAAAGGCAGUUCAGUCAUGGGCAUGGCCAGAAAAUUGAUGACAGUGGAUCUGGAAGUGGAACUAGGAUAUCUCAUUUUCUUCCUACAUCUCGGAGAAUAGUUCAGUUCUCAAAUAGCAAGGGUCCAGGUCCAGAUUCUCGGAUAGUUUACAUAGAUGGUGCAUUUGAUCUAUUCCAUGCUGGACAUGUCGAGAUUUUGCGACUCGCUCGAGAACUUGGAGAUUUCUUGCUCGUGGGUAUUCACACAGAUCAGACUAUCAGUUCAACAAGAGGGCCACAUCGCCCAAUCAUGAACCUCCAUGAGCGAAGUUUGAGUGUUUUGGCUUGCCGUUAUGUUGAUGAAGUGAUCAUUGGUGCUCCAUGGGAUGUUUCGAAAGAUAUGAUUACCACAUUUAAUAUUUCGUUGGUUGUUCAUGGAACAAUUGCUGAGAACAUGGACUUUAUGAAGGAUGAUUUAAAUCCAUAUGCUGUUCCAAGGGCUAUGGGCAUCUACCGCAGACUGGAGAGCCCUUUAGACAUCACUACUAGCACUCUCAUAAGGAGGAUAGUUGCUAACCAUGAAGCCUACCAGAAACGGAAUGAGAAGAAGGAAGCCAGUGAGAAGAAGUACUACGACAGUAAAAGCUUUGUCAAUGGGGAGUAGCUUAGGAACAUGCCUUGCGUUAAUGCUGUUGCCCAGAUGUUUAGAUCUUAACCUUCUGUCGCAAAUGCAGUGGGUAGAUGAUCCACAAUUUUCUAGUCUUGUGUUUACUGUUUUCAUGUUGCUGAUAUAGCUUAGGAAGCUUCAGAUGCAACCCUGAAACCCUGAUGAUGGUGCUGACUUGGGUGAUGCUGGAGACAGUAUUUCCAUGUAUAUGGGCCUUUGUGGCUGCCAAUACCGGCUGUUUUAUUUUGAGAUGGGUAGAUCUUUUUUCAGAAUUGAAGCUUGAUUAACUAUUCUGAUGCUUUAUUUC